AUGUCCAAGAGUGGCUAUAUCAUCACUUUCAAUGAUGAAGAUGCAAGGGGAAUUCAAUUCCCACAUGAUGACGCCAUGGUCAUAAACCUUCGAAUAGAAGCGUUCAAGGUAGAGAGGGUUCUGGUCGAUAAUGGCAGCUCGACUGACAUCAUGUUCUGGGAGGCAUUUCAGAGGAUAGAGAUAGAGGAAAAGUACCUGAAGCCAGUCACCACCCCGCUAUACAACUUCUCGGGAUCACCUGUUCACCGAAAAGGGAUGAUAAAAUUUCAGAUCUGCGCUAGUUCAGGUGAGUUGCAAAGAUCUGUUACGACUAAUUUUUUGGUGGUUGAUAUUCCUUUAGCAUACAUUGUCAUUCUGGGAAGACCAAGUCUCAACAACCUCAAAGCAGUGGUUUCCACUUAUGACCUCAAGAUGAAAUUCCCAACAGAAAGGGGAAUAGGAGAGUGCAGAGGCGACCAGCUUGAAUCGAGAAGAUGCUAUGUUAAUGCCCUCAAAGAAACCAAGAAUUCGAAGGACAUUCUCGUGUUGGAAGUUGACGACCAGAGGAAGGAGGUAGAAACCAAAAGAGGUGACCAGUAG